UUUUUUUCACAUCCAGCAGAUGGGGGAAAAUGUGUAGAAGAAGAGGAGCCUGAAUGUGAAGCUGGAGCUCUCGUAUGCCUGUACCGAUACAUGAAGAUUCUCUGAUUGCUUGUCGUCUCCAGUAAACCCUAAUUCUUAGGGCGUUACCUUUCUUGCGAUUAUUUAUCGAAAAUUGGGAAAUGGAAACACGCGAUUCCUUUUUCGUUGUGUGUAGUUUUGUCUGAAGAACAGAUUCUACAAGUUUUACGGGGUGAAGGAUAAAUUUUCGAUUCGGCUGAUUUCAACUUAUUGCUACGCGGCGUAGCUUCGUUCAAGUGAAGAAUGGGGAAAUGUAUAUGCAGCUCAUGAUCAGAGUUGGAAGUGAUUUUCAUACAUUUGGUUGCUUGCUUGAAGUUGCGAAGGCGGUGAUUGUUAUCUGAUUCGCCAUCCGAGGAAGAUUCUUGCAUGAUGAAGUAGCUAAAUUAUCAACUCAGAACGUAUCGUAUAAUUAAGAACAAUGCCUCGUAAGGUGAGCUACGGGUUGGAUUUCGAUGAAGAUUACGACGAGUACGACGAUUAUGAUUAUUACGACAAUGACUUCGACGUAGAAGAAAAAGAGAAGACACCUGAGGCUAAGGAAGGAACAAAGGGGCACAAGCUUUGGCGAUGCACGAUCUGCACUUACGACAAUGAAGACAGUUUUACUGCUUGUGAUAUAUGUGGAGUUCUGCGCAUCCCUUUGGUCAACGACAGAAAUAAUCACGAUGAUGGAACAGUUGAGAACAUUUGCAAAGACUCUGGAGUAUCCAAAAUGGCCAAGUCUCUCUUUGCAUCGUCACCAAAUCAGAUACCCAAAAGGGAAGUAAAAUUUCAAGAGCAGAACGAUAAAUUUUUGGAGGAAAGAGAAGAUAACAUCCUCAAGAUUGGGAAUAUCCGGGGCCAUUUGCAUGAAGUCCAUAAUGCUUCUAGUACCUAUAGUCAUGUCCGUACUAAUAUAGUCCCUUUCAAGUUUGAUAUUCCAUCCCCAGAUGAUGUGGUUUCUAAGGGAUUGCGUUCCUCCAAAGUUGAUUUAAAAGCAGUCAGCCACAACGACUUCAACUCUUCAAUAUUAUCUUCAGACGUCACUAAGAAGUGUGCAAAUAAUGAAGUAUUGGCUUCAAAAGGUGCACAUAGAUCGUCUGCUGUAUUGCCGACGGGCAAAUUAGGCAGUGUAGGAAAUACACAGCUGAGUACCAAAAGUUCAGACAACUGGAGCACAACAAUUGGAAAAAGUACAGUGGUCACUGAAGAGCAUAAUACGUCAAUUAGUAUAACGAAAAAUUCACGAUCACGUGAUAACAGGUCAUCAAGCACUUCCACAUCAAAAUCAGCAGGCAAAUUUGAAAGCAUGGAUGAGAGCAGUAACCGUUCUGUGGAGCAGGAAAAGCCCCAAAGUCUUGCCGGUAGUUUGAACAACAUGGUUCUAAAUGUCAAAUCUGCCUAUGCAAAUUAUAUUAGUGGGCUAGGAAAAACAUCAAAUGUGCCUUACAAGGUUGAUAAAUGGAUGCUACCUGAUAAAGCUGUAGAUACUUUGACUCAGCUGAAUCUUGCUAUAGUUGGUCAUGUUGAUUCUGGAAAAUCUACUCUCUCAGGAAGACUUUUGCACUUAUUGGGACGUGUAUCCCAGAAAGAAAUGCACAAAUAUGAAAAAGAAGCAAAGUCCUUGGGCAAGGGGUCCUUUGCUUAUGCCUGGGCACUGGAUGAGAGUGCAGAAGAAAGAGAGAGAGGAAUAACUAUGACUGUUGGUGUCGCUUAUUUUGAUUCUAAAAGAUAUCAUGUAGUUGUACUCGAUUCCCCAGGCCAUAAAGAUUUUGUUCCAAACAUGAUAUCUGGGGCAACACAAGCUGAUGCCGCAGUUCUUGUUAUAGAUGCAUCUGUUGGUGCAUUUGAAGCCGGUAUGGACAGCUCGAAGGGGCAAACAAGAGAACAUGUGCAGUUAAUCAGGAGCUUUGGCGUAGAUCAGAUAAUUGUUGCCGUUAACAAAAUGGAUGUGGUGGAGUAUUCCAAAGAUCGCUACAACUUCAUUAAACUGCAACUUGGAACCUUUUUUCGUUCUUGUGGUUUUAAAGAUUCAUCGUUGACUUGGAUUCCGUUGAGUGCCAUGGCAAAUCAGAAUCUGGUGAAUGCCCCUUCUGAUGCUCAAUUGUUGUCCUGGUAUCGUGGACCUAAUCUAUUGGAGGCAAUCGAUUCCCUUCAACCACCCGCUAGAGAUUUCUCUAAGCCGCUGCUUAUGCCGAUAUGUGAUGUAGUUAGAUCGCUUUCACUAGGACAAGUGUCUGCCAUUGGCAAGCUGGAAGCUGGAGCUCUCCAGUCUGGAUCUAAGGUUCUAAUCAUGCCAUCUGGAGAUAAAGGCACUGUGCGCACUUUAGAACGCAAUUCUCAGGCUUGCAAAAUUGCAAGAGCGGGGGACAAUGUGACUGUUAGUCUACAAGGAGUUGAUGCAAGUAGCGUGAUGGCUGGGGGUGUCCUAUGUCAUCCUGAUUUUCCUGUUGCUAUUGCAAAACAUUUGGAAUUGAAGAUUCUAACCUUGGAACUUGCAACUCCAAUAUUAAUAGGAUCUCAGUUGGAAGUUCAUAUACAACAUGUAAAGGAGGCUGCUAGAGUUGCAAGGAUAGUGUCGUUGCUUGAUUCGAAGACGGGAAAGGUCACGAAGAAGGCACCGCGUGUUCUAAGUGCUAAACAGAGUGCAGUGAUUGAGGUUAUUUUACAAAGCCCAGUUUGUGUUGAAACAUUCUCAACUAGUCGAGCUCUCGGGCGAGUAUUUCUGAGAGCAAUGGGCAGAACCAUAGCUGUCGGCAUUGUAACCCAACUAAUUGGAGACCCUGAAUGAUCAUGUGUUGUAUUUGAGGUAAACUUCUUGGCAUAAUUUUGAAUGAGUUAUGUGCUAUUCGUAGUAGAGUAGCUUCACUGCAGAAGAUGGUGCCGUAUGAGCAUCUAUAGUAGUGGAAAUUAGAGUUGGAGUACAUAUAAUAAUAAUUUCUAAGGGAUUUUGCGUGUAUGCAUAUCAAAUUAUUGGUUACUUACCUUCAGUGUUUUAGAACGACUU